GAUUUGUGUGUCUCUCUGUUCCACAGCUCCAUAAGCUGGAGAAGUCCAUCGCUGCAGCUCACACUUUCCUGCAACGGAAUCCCAAGGAUGCGGCCAUGCAGAAGAAGAUGAGUUACUACAAAACUAUCCCCGACAUCGAGACCUACCUGGUGGAUGUGGAGGCUCGGGAGCACGAGACGCUGUUCCUGAAGGCGGUGAAGGCUUACAACAGCGGGGAUUUCCGCAGCAGCGUAACGGAGAUGGAACACGCGGUCCCAGAGUAUUACCGAGCGCACCACGACUGUCUCGGCAGCUGCGAAGACUCGUGCGACGUCACGGACUUCAAGGACUUUUACCCAUCGAUAGCAGAACAUUACGUGGAAGCGCUGAAGUGCAAAGUGAAAUGUGAGCAGAACUUAACGCCCAACGUAGGCGGUUUCUUUGUGGAGAAGUUUGUGGCCACGAUGUACCACUACCUACAGUUCGCCUACUACAAACUGAACGACAUCAAGAAUGCGGUGUCGUGUGUGGCCACCUACAUGCUCUUUGACCCGCAGGACGAGAUCAUGCAGCAGAACCUGGUGUAUUAUCGCUUCUACCGUGAGAAGUGGGGGCUGGGGGAGGAGGACUUUGAACCCCGCGCUGACGCUCAGCUCUACCACAAUGUGACGCGGCUACAGAUCCAGUGGCUGGAAUUCGCAGACAGCUUCCUGCAGCCGGAUGAUGAGAUGGAGGUGUCGGAGGAGCCCAUUCCCAGUGGACAGGGGGUAACGUCGGACGCGGAGUUCGAUGGGAUGGGCGAUUAUGAGGAGACGUUUGUUGCGGAUUGGUGGCAGGUCCCGAAGCAGAAGGGGGACAUAGACGAUGCAUCUGACUAGUGCGUUGGCCGCAGAGCCUGAAGGCUCGGACACUGCAGUGUGGACAGCUGGCUCAGUGCAGCAGCCAGAGAGAUCAGGGGGAGAGGAAUGUGCAUCUAUUAACGUGUCUGCCAUCAUCCCGGGCGUGAUGAGAUGAGAGAGUGGAGCCGGUGAUCCACUUGUACCUGCCGCACUCUGGGUCACUGAUAACUGCCCACAACUCCAGGUGCUGAGUCAUAGAGUGAUACAGUGUGGAAACAGGCCUCUCGGCCCAACUUGCCCACACCGGCCAACAUGUCCCAUCUACACUAGUCCCACCUGCCCGCGU